AUGUUCCUAGCAACUACUGGGUUGGUCUGGGCCAUUUCUGCUGGUGUAGGAACGCUUCUCGGUGGUGUAUUCUCUCAGUAUCUCACAUGGCGAUGGGCAUUCUGGAUCAAUCUCCCGUGUUCCUUUGUCGCCUUCUUCGUUCUGCUCUUUUUCAUGAGGUCUGUGCAACCACAAUCGACGGGAGCCGACCGGCAAAAGUCUAUGGACUGGAUUGGCGCCGUCUCGAUUAUUGGAGUCACAGUUCUGAUCCUGCUCAGUCUUGAUUUCGGUGGUGUGGCCUCUCCAUGGGACUCGCCGAAAGUUCUCAGCCUUCUUAUCGGUGGGUUUGUGCCUUUGAUCCUUUUCAUGUUUUGGGAAGCCAAAGGCGCGUCAAAUCCUCUCUUGCCAGGCCGCUUGCUUGACCGCACGUCGAAAAUCAGCCCACUUAUAGUCUGCUUCACGCACGGGUUUGUGAACAUUUCAUCUUGGUACUUUUUGCCUCUAUAUUUUCAAGCUGUUCGAGGAGCCUCGCCGACCCGCUCUGGCGUACUGAUUAUGCCUAUUGUUGUAGUACAAGCCAUUACAGGCCUUGCAGUAGGAGCGAUAGUCUCUCGCUUUGGAUCCAUCCGCUCGCUGAUGUUUGCAGGGAUGGCUCUGACCACAAUUGGUUUCGGGCUGUUCGUCAGUAUUGGUACCUCUACGUCCAUUGUCAACACAAUGGUGAUUGAAGUCGUUGCUGCUCUCGGGAUAGGAAUAACCUUUCAAGCCCCGAUGAUAGCAUACCAGUCAGUCGCCGUAUCAGCAGAUAUUGCAGUUGCUACUGCGUUGUUCGGAUUCGUCCGGAGUCUUUCAACUUCUAUAUCAGUCGUCAUAGGCGGCGCUGUCUUCCAGAACAGUAUGUCUACCCAUGGUGCAUACCUGAGCAGUGUUCUAGGGCCACAGCUAGCCCAGAACUUCUCUUCCUCGUGA